CUAAAUAAGAACCGGGAGACAAGGCUGCAGGUGAUUCUUAUGUGGGCUCCCGUUGGGGAACUGCCAAUCCAGGUCCUGGCUACUCAAAGUGUGGUUCCCAGACCUGCAGCCUCCACUUCACCAGAGAACUGGGGAGGAGCAAGGCAGCCUACCCCAUGGAGACUUUCUGAGUCUGUCUUGUGGCAUCUAAGUGAUCCAACCACAGGGUGCAGGGGCCAGUGUGCCAGGUGCGAACAUGUGGCCUUUGUGAGUUUUUUUGUGUGUGGUGGUGGUGCUGGGAAUUGAAACCAGGACCUUGUGCAUGCAAGGCAAGCACUCUACCAACUGAGCUACGUACAGCCCAGCCCACAAGCUUAAUAGCCUCAAAACAGUUUAUCCUCAGUUCUGGAGGCUAGAGGUCCAGAAUCCAGGUGUUGGCAAGGCUGUGUUCAGCAGGAGGAUCCUUCUCUACCUAUUCUGGCUUCUGGUGGGACACAGACAAUCCUUGUGUUCCUUGGCUUGUGAAACCACCCAGCUCUGCUUCUGUGGUUCUGUAGCCCUUCCCUGCAUGUCUCUCAGAUCCCUCCCUUGGGUUAUGAUCCACCUUACUCCAGGAUGACCUCAUCUAAAUUCUAUUUGCAAAGACUUCCAAAUAAGUUCUGUCACAGGUUCCAGGUGGAUAUGAAUUCUGGGACACUGUUCAAUCAAGUAGAGGCCUGAAGUUUAGACUUCAUGAGCCUUCCACUCUGGGGCACACAGGACAGGGGAAAGCAAAAGCCAGUGGGUCUCUGAAGGCUAUCUCUGGGUCCUUUUCCCAGCAGGAGUGCACAAAGCCUGCCAACACUAUGUUCCCCGGGUCCCUGGGGCUAGCUACUCUGUUGGCCCCUGGGUGUGGAGUGGGAAGCCCUCAUGGGGAGAGCUUGGCUCAGGAACAGUGCAAGAUGGAGAGGAGGAGACUCCUGCAUUCCUGGGAAGGAUAGGAGUGGGGGCUGUGGGCAGGAGCCUAGAGCUUUUUCCAACGACACCUGUGUUAGACGUUGGGACCCAGGGGUCCUGCUUGGGAACCUCUUGGACAAAGUAUCCUGGGCCAGGGGGUGUAGGGAGGAGGAGCUUCCCCUGGCCUGGAACCCUUCUUGUGAGGGUCCAGAGAAUGAAGGGCGGGGAGAAGGGACCCAGAGGAAGCCAGGGUUUGCAGGGGGAGGUGCCAGGCUCCCAAGAGGGGCCAAGGUUCAACAAUAAAGUGAACAAACUCAGGCCUCAGGUGGUACCGGAGGUGUGGGCUGUUGAUUGGACUUGCUGCGUCUUGCACCCGGUGCUCUGGGCAGCUUGAGUUUGUGUGUGGUGAACCUUCUUGAGACCACAGCCCCAAAGCAGGUUCUUCAUCAUCUGUGAGACCCCUUGGAGACCUACAAGGGUAAGGGGAGUUGGUAAGAAUGGCAGGCCCUGGGGCACACAGCUCACCAGAACACACACCAACCUAAACCCCAGGGAAUGGCUCCCUGCUCCCAGCCCCUCCCCAAUGCUGGUGAUCUGGGGAGAACAUUUCAGCCUGGCUGUCCCAGGCCCCACAGCCCAGGUCUAGCCUGCCGUUCCAAGCCCUGCUGACUUCCCCUCUCUUGUCUCCUCCUGAAGCUCCUCUGAGCAGGCCUCUCACCUUCUGUACUCCACCCACCCACCGUGGGCCCAUCCUAGGCUACAGGGAGGAACCAGAACCUUCUAGCCAAAUUCUCUGGGUCCCACAGAGGUUUGAAGAGGUGACUCAGGAGGCAAUUUGGGAGAAAGGAGAACUUUUCACAUGGAGGUGGUCAGAACAGGAAGGAGGGAGAAGAAUGGACCAAAGCCAGGCUCUUGUACAAAUUAACAAGCAGCCCCUCACCACACCCCACUGGUCCCCUUGUGUAGGGUACAACCUGAUGGCCCUGACAGCAUGGGCAAAGCUUGGAUUUAGAACCCACAGCCAACCCAGGGAAAGGGGACAAGACAAGGCUGAGAACCCAGUUCUGCCCAGCACCCAGUGGCUCUAGGGUGUCCACUUGCCCCUGUCCUUUGUGAGUGAUGGGAGCCCUUGGGAGUCAGCAGGCUGUGUAGCAGGUGGCUAGAAAGAGAAGGGGAAGGAAGAGUGGAGGAGCCUUCCUAGCCAGGGGAGGGUCACCUGAGAGGACGCACUGAGUAGGUAGACGCAGGGCUGGACAGCAGCCUGGCCACCCACAGACACUCCCAGGGGCCUGAAAGGUGGGAGAGCUGGCAAAGGAUGGGAGUCAGCUGGGCACUGGCUAGUUGAUUCUCCUAGCAACCCGUAAUGCGGCCUGGCAAGGGGGGAACGGAGGCACAGAGAGGCAGUGACUAGGAACAGCAGGUGGGAAGAUUGGAUCCCAGCCCCAGUGUACUGAGGCCUGUGUUCCUGCAAUCCAUCCCCCAAGGCUGAGACCCAGACUCUGAGCUGGCCCAUCCAGGACAGGCUCCAUUCCUCUGCAGGGUAGUGGGUGACAAGUCAUCAGGGAGAGUGUGUGCAGUGCCCAAUUCCAAGAGGGAGCUUGUCAGAGGGAGACAAGUUCCCUGAGGCAGGCCCAGACUCAGCCCUACCCCAGGGCUACCUUUCUGUUCUUUAAUGUCCCCUCUCAGAGUCUGGGAAUGGUUCACUUGCUACAGAGCAUCAACCUCCAGAAUCAGGGGCCCUGAGUCUCACAAGAGCCCUUCUGUGGCCGUUUCCUCAAAAUCAACCUGCCUGGGUUGGCCAGACGUCCGCCAUGCACGGGAAGCUGGAAUCUGACCCUGGUGGCAUAGGGCCCGGUCUCCAUGGCAGCAGAGGAUUUAUUACUGUGGCCUCCACCCAGCUUGGCGGACUUUCAACUCAAAGCCAGAGGAAAAGGAACUGAGAAGCUGGUUCUGAGAACAGCGGGAGCCCCACGAUGGCCAAGUUUCUUUCCCAGGACCAAAUUAAUGAAUACAAGGAAUGCUUCUCCCUGUACGACAAGCAGCAGAGGGGCAAGAUAAAAGCCACUGAUCUCCUGGUGGCCAUGAGGUGCCUGGGAGCCAGCCCGACGCCUGGGGAGGUGCAGCGGCACCUGCAGACCCACGGGAUAGACAGAAACGGAGAGCUGGAUUUCUCCACUUUCCUGACUAUUAUGCACACGCAAAUAAAACAAGAGGAUCCAAAGAAAGAAAUUCUUCUGGCCAUGUUGAUGGCAGACAAGGAGAAAAAAGGGUACAUCAUGGCAUCCGAGCUGCGGGCGAAACUCACGAGACUCGGGGAGAAGCUCACCCAGAAGGAAGUGGAGGAUCUUUUCAAGGAAGCAAAUAUUGAACCAAAUGGCAAAGUGAAGUAUGACGAGUUUAUCCAGAAGAUCACCCUUCCUGUGCAGGACUACUGAUUGAGCAGAGUACAGGAGAUGAUCCCUGGAUCUGAAAACCUGGACUGGUUGAUUUUUUAAAAGGAAAAUGUUCCUUUCAUUCUAGGGUGAUGGCAAACAUGGUGCAAAGACAACAUUAGCUGGGCAUAAGUAGCAAUAAGUAAUUCCAGCCAUGGUAUCAGCACGUCUUUAAUAAAAAGAUUUGUAUUACCAGG